GUUUUCGCAGCCCGCAGUCUGCAGCAAAUAAAUCUAUUACAAAAUCGAUCUUAUCUCGGAGAAGUCCAUAUUUUAUUGCUUCUAUCAGCUGAAACGUACCGUGGAUAGCAUUUUCAUUAGCAUGUUUCGUUCGACCGCGUUGCAACCAAUAGUCGCAACGAAAAACAAACAUAAACUAUCAGGCCAUAUCAAUCGAGAGCUGAAAAAAACUGCUAGCGUGUGACAAUUCAUCACUCGUGUAAAGUCCAUCCGCUGGUACACAGACCUCCGGCCAUUCUCAACGGACCCCAUCAAAUGACCACUAGUCGUCGAUAUGCUCCACCGAACGCCGCGACUGUAGUAGUAUUUUCCCAUGCUCAGGUGAUCCAUUUUUAGUGUAAAAGCAUCGAAUUGUAUAUGUGAUAUCAUCGCGUGGCAGUGCAGAGGCUGUGUGCCACCACAGCGCAUAGAAUUCAUAUAAUUGCACGAGCUUCCAACUGCAAAACAGUGAAGAAUACACGUGAUUGUGAGAAAAUUGUUGCUUAUGUGUGCUGCUGUUGGCUCCCCCAGUACGGUAUGGGAUUUGGGGGGUUUAAGCUACCGAAUUGAUUGACGGUGCUGUUGCUGGUUUCGCGGCUGAUGUCGCCGAGAGUUGGUGAGCGCAAAAAAAAAUCCACAGCGCAGAUCGCAUUCAGAUUGUUAGUUUGUAGGAGGCACUCGUGUGGCAAAAAACCGUACCGGGUAUGUUCUGGGUACCGACGAAAAUUGGCUUCAGUACUGAUGUGGCAUUUAAAUCGAAUGAAAGUGAAAUUGAUCUAGGAAGCGCGACUCGAGAGUUAGUGCGGAAUUUGGUGCUCAUUGCCACAAUGUAGUGAUUAAUGAUCAAAAAUAACUGCAAACGUGAAUCAGUGCUGGAAGAAGAAACUACUUUUUGGUGAAAAGAAAGUGAACGGUUACAAAACACCGAUCAUGAGCAAACAGAUUAUAAAGGACCAGAAACGGCCGGUAUAUGAGGACAUCAAGAUCGACACCGCGUUUCGGAAAAUCAACCCGAAGGCAAUAGGCUUUCACGUUUGGCGCAUCCAAAAUGAUCACGUAGAGGCCCUACCCAAGGAACAGUUUGGUACAUUCUACGAUGAGAACACAUACGUCAUUUAUUCCGCAUCGCUCGCCGGAACGAUUUCCGAAAAAAAUACCAUCUGUCGAGAGAUCAAAACCCCCGGAGCAGUCGUAGAGCGUUAUAUUCACUUUUGGCUGGGUGCUAACAUAACCUCCGAUCGAUCGAAAUCAGCGGCCUACAAAAUAAUCGAACUCGAUCUUCACCUCGACCAUAAGACCACUCAGUAUCGGGAAAGUCAAGGUCACGAAGGAAUUCGUUUUUUGUCGUACUUUAAAGAUGAGGGAAUUCUAAUUCAAUCCGGCGCCGAUCCCCUAUCGUAUCCACAGUUUCCACGACUCUAUCAAAUAAAGGGGAAGACAACACCCCAAUGCAUUCAGCAGAAGGCAAUCACAUGGCAGCACUUCAACUGCGGUCACGUGAUGAUCCUACAGACACCAAAGAUCGUUUUUGUCUGGGUCGGUCGAACAACCAGCUCCUGUGAGCGAAUUUUCGGACUGAAGAUCGGAACCAAGCUGAAAGACGCGUUCAAAAUUCCGGAGAUUGCAAUUGUGGACGAUGGCUACGAACAAUCAAUGAGCGCUCCUCGCAAAGAAGUCUGGAACAGUUUUCUUAGUUUGUCGCAGCGCUUUGUUCAGCCAAUGGCACUAACGCCCUCGAAUGCGGAUAUCUUGCUGAAACUUUAUCAGUGUGAUACCGUCAAUGGAGUUUUUCGGGUUGAACUUGUAAAAACUGGUGCUUUGGAACAGUCGGAUCUUUACGGCAGGGACAGCAUCUACAUAAUCGACUAUUUCUGCAACGGAGUAUGGAUUUGGAUUGGACGCAGUUCGCAUAAACAAAACCGAGCGGAAGCGAUGCGACAUGUACGCGGAUAUGUAAUUAAGAAAGGUUAUCCAGCUUCCACACCGGUCGCUCGCGUAAUCGAUGGUCUUGAACCAGCUGAGUUCACCUGUCUUUUUCCAAGCUGGAUCAGCGCGGAUGUCAACGGAAACUCGAUCAAGGGAAUGUCCGAGAAAUUCGAUGCUCUCACACUGAUGCAGCGCCCCAAACUGGCCGCAAAAAUACAACUGAUGGAUGACGGAACUGGUGAUGCCACGGUGUACCAAAUCGGCGUUGAUGAUGCGAAAGAAGUGCCGAAGAAGUAUGCUAAAACGUUUUACUCGGGACAAUGCUAUAUCGUUCACUACCAGCUGUCCUGCACGUCAGAAAACAACAUUCCUUCGCUGGGAAGUUCCAUAAAAAAUGUUGUCUAUCUGUGGAUCGGGUCGAAUUCCUCCAUGGAGUACCGCCAGACAGGAGAAGCGUUUCUAGCGGAAAUGUGUAAUCAUUUGAAGAAAAACGUGGUUCAGAUCAGGAUCAGCGACGGUAUGGAACCACCGCAUUUUCUGCAGAUUUUCAAAGGUGGUCUAAUAGUUUUCAACGCUAAGAGUCCAACUGUGGAAGGAAAUAUGAACCUUCGGAAGUAUCCGAGCAGUUUUGUGUUGAAAGUUGUUGGAAACUCUACGUUCACAUGUAAAGCAGUUCAGGUUUCGAGUAAGACUUUGUACUAUCCUGAGGAUUGCUACAUAUUGAAAGCUCAAGAUAACGAUAUAUGGAUUUGGUGUGGACAGUAUUCUACCGGUGAUUCAAGAGAAAUGGCAAAAUCCAUUGCUUCCAUUAUUGGGGAAUAUAACCUGGUCAUGGAGUCGAAUGAAACCGAUGAAUUCUUCAACUCCGUUGGGGAGAAAUUUUUGAAGCAAUUGAGAAAAACUCACGGAAGUAUUGUGACUCCUACUAUGAAUGUUUCUUCAACUUGGGAACGACAAAGGAUCGGUCUGUACAUGUGUUCAUUGGAGCAGGAAAAGUAUGUGCUGAGCAAAAUCUUCGGAUUCAACCAGAAGGACCUGAGACCGGAGAAUAUUUUUUUGCUUGAUGCCGGAAACAUCCUCUACGUUUGGAUCGGGGAAUAUGUUUCGCCAGAUGAUCGCCUCCAAUGUUGGGAAUUGGCCAAGUACCUCAUCUCGACACAUCCUGUUCAGAGGGAUGCCAAUAUGCCCAUCGCUGUAAUACGGCAGGGUGAAGAACCGAUAACGUUCGUUGGCUUUUUCGAUAAUUGGGAUAAGAAAUAUUACGAGAACUACAUCCCAUUUGAAAAAAUCCGUGCAGAGUUGGAAACACCGGGAGUGCCCGUUCCUGUUCCACGUGGGUCAGUCAACAGUGAGAGUGCCAAUGGAGAUGACUUCGAUCGCUAUCAAAAGUACCCAUUGGACAUGCUGCGUGGUGAUCCGUCAAACCUGCCUACCAGCAUCAACCCUACCCGCAAAGAGGUGCACCUGACGCAUGAUGAUUUUGUGACCGUGUUCAAGAUGCCUUACCAUGAUUUUGAAGAACUGCCAAAGUGGAAGCAAGUGGAGCUGAAGAAGCAGAAGAAACUAUUCUAACCUAUACAACAUUUUCCAAUUGCCGGAUCUGAGGGAUGUUGAAAUUUUUAUUGUAAAAUAAAUGAUAAACUAUUGUUUUAAA